AUGGCGAUGGACAGAAUAGGUAGAUCGACAGUGGGGCUGGCGCAAGAUUCUUCGCUGAAUUCGACGGCGGCUGCGGCGGCGGCGGCAGGAGCUACAACCCCGUACUCGUCGUCCUCGGUUUGCACUAAUUAUCCGUUGAUUUCUGCUUUCCUCGCCUUUGCAAUCGCCCAGUCAGCUAAAUUCAUUGGCUCAUGGUAUAAAGAAAAUCGUUGGGAUUUCAAACAACUCGUCGGGUCUGGCGGCAUGCCCUCAUCUCAUUCGGCAACAGUAACUGCUCUUGCUAUUGCUAUUGGGUUGCAAGAGGGUUUUGGAGGAUCUUUAUUUGCGGUUGCCCUAAUUUUUGCAUUUGUGGUGAUGUAUGAUGCGACUGGUGUGAGAUUACAUGCGGGCCGUCAAGCAGAGGUUUUAAAUCAAAUUGUAUAUGGGCUUCCAGCUGAACACCCACUUGCCGAGAGCAGGCCGCUACGCGAACUUCUCGGUCACACCCCUCCUCAGGUCUGUGCUGGUGCAAUAUUGGGUCUAUUUACAGCAUCAAUUGCCCAUUUGAUCAGUGGCUCUGGCUCUCGAGCUUAG